AGAAAACAGAGCCAGUAAUAUUAGACUGGAAGAGAUGUGAAUGUUUUGCUCUAUUUUGCGGUGAUUUUACGAUGUGUGUUGAAAGAUUUGGACAGAUUGUGUUCUGCGUGGACCAAACUUAGCGUGAACAGCCGAAAAUGGAUUCAGAAUGGGACAGCAGAGAGCAGCAUUUUCUCGAUGCAGUGAGAGAACACAUCAUUUAUUGGUUGCUUUUUGCUACUAUGUAUGUUCUUUCAUACAUUAUUAUUUGUAAAUUUAAAAGGCGCACAGAAAAAGAAGAUUAUUACACAAAUGAUGAUGAAGAUGCUAUGGUUUACAGGAUUGCAUUAUGGAUCUGUACAUUUACCGUGACAGUGUCAGUUGGUGCUGUAUUAUUACUACCUAUAUCUAUUGUCACAAAUGAAGUCUUGCUCUCAUACCCCAAUAGUUAUUAUGUUAAAUGGCUAAAUGAAUCCCUUAUACAUGGUUUAUGGAAUCAAAUCUUCUUGUUUUCAAAUCUUGCACUGUUUAUUUUAAUACCGUUUGCAUACUUUCUCACGGAAUCUGAAGGAUUUGCUGGAUCUAAGAAGGGUAUCAGAGCAAGGAUAUAUGAAACGUUAGUUGUGUUGUUUUUACUUGGAAUGCUAGUGUUUGGUUUUACAUGGGUUUUAUCAGCACUUUUAGAUGAAAAUAAGGUCACUGAAGAGUCCAUAAGUGAUUUUUGGGAUUUUUAUUUGCCAUAUUUAUAUUCGUGUAUAUCUUUACUUGGUGUUUUAAUGCUGCUUAUUUCCACACCUGUUGGUGUUACACGUCUCUUCUCUGUUAUUGGUCAGUUAGUUGUCAAACCCCAGUUUAUGCAAGAUUUAGAUGAUGAAGUUAACUCAGCCAGGUUUGAGGAAGAUGACAUAAAGAGAAAAUUACAAGAUUUAAGUAAUAUCCAUGACACUCCAGAUUCCAGACUUCUUCUGCAACAACUAGACGCCGUCGUCAAGACUUGUACGGAGGCUCUGCAAAAUUAUAACUCUCUAGGAAAUGGCAGCCACACCACCAUUCAUCAGAACGGUCAGAAUGACCUUAGAUUACGAUUGAAAGAAAUACAAAAAGAUCGAAAAGAACUUGAGAGAAGACAGAAAGCUUCUCCUUGGCAGAGGAAUUUUUUGUACCCAUUACUAUGGCUCUUCUUAUUUGCACUGACUGUAGCAUCUCUUUGUAUGGUGGCCUGGAAUAUAUUUGAAUUACUUCUGGGUUAUGGUUCCUUGCCAGUUGGUGUUAAGGAACUUGCUUUAGGUAAAGCGUCACUCUCAACACUUGGAUCAUUUGGUGCUGUGUUAGAAGUUUUACUCAUACUUUAUGUGAUGUUAGCUUCAUUAGUCGGAUUCUACAGUGUACCAUUCUUUCGGUCAUUACGCCCAAAAUGUAAUGACACUGCCAUGACCAAAAUCAUUGCAAAUUCUACUGUUCUACUUAUACUCAGCUCAGCCUUGCCAUUGCUUUCAAGAAGCAUCGGUAUCACAAAUUUUGACCUGCUUGGUGACUUUGGUCGCAUAGACUGGCUGGGUAACUUCUACAUAGUGUUUUGUUACAACGCAUUAUUUGGUGCAGCUACUGCCUCCUGUCUUGUCAAUAAAUUUACAAUUACAAUGCGAGACUAUCUACUGGAUAGACUGGGAAUUAACCGUGACAAAUCAGCUGUUAUGAAUCCACUCUCAAAGGCAGUCAACGGUCGAAUGAGUGUAAUGAAAUCAUCCAAGUCACCUUGUUUGAAAUUGGAUUGAUACCAAGUGUGAACAACGCUUUCAAACACCAGC